GCCCCCCCGGACUGGCCACGCUUCCCAGCAUGCCGUGGGGCGCCUCCCACGCGCCAGCGCUGCCUGGAGCCGCCCCUCGCGGGGGGCCGAAACCCGGCACCGAACAGCGCCCGCAAGGCGCGGGGCCCGCUCCGGAGCGCGGGGCCGGGUGGGGCAGGGGCGAGAGCCGGGCGCGGGAGGAGUCCCCGGGCUGGGCCCCGCGAACCCCGCGGCCGGAGCGCGCCCCGCCCCCGUGCCACGUGCUGUCCCCCUGUGGGGCCUACAGCUCCCAGGAUGCACCGGGCCUCCCCCCCACCCGCCUGAAUGCAGCUUAUUCUGCGUUGUAUCCUGAAGCGAGACAGAGAUGGCCAAAGGCAUUCUAGGAGAUGCAAGUCUUCACUUUGAUGAGCUGAAUAAACUACGAAUUUUGGACCCUGAGGUUGCACAACAAACAAUUGAACUCAAAGAGGAAUGCAAAGCUUUUGUGGACAAAAUUGCAGAGUUUCAGAAAAUAGUGGGUAGCUUAAUAGAACUUGUUGAUCAACUAGCAAAAGCAGCUGAAAAUGAGAAGAUGAAGGCAAUUGGUGCCCGAAACUUGCUAAAGUCUAUAGCGAAGCAAAGAGAGGCUCAGCAGCAGCAGCUUCAGGCUUUAAUAACCGAGAAGAAAAUGCAGUUGGAAAGAUACCGAGUAGAGUAUGAGACCCUGUGUAAAAUAGAAGCUGACCAGAGUGAAUUCAUUGACCAAUUCAUUUUUCAGAAAUAAAGGAUUUAAGACCAACAUCAGCAGACUUGGCAAACUUGUACCUUUCCAGUAUCCUGAUGGUUCUCAAAUGUGCAGUUUUGUAUUGUGUACCAGUGAGCAAAGCAGCGUGGGUAAGGGCAAAACAAAAAAUGAGUUUAACGUCACUCUGUGAACUUACAUGAAAAUGGCAGAAAGGAGGGGUUUUCCGCAGAUGUGUAAAUAAGAAGAGUUCUAACCUGUCUCUUGUUUUUAAAAAAUUUGUACGGUCCCCGUAGUUUGAAUUCAUUUAAUCUUCGAAUGGACACUACUGUUGCUAUAUUACAUGGCUCCUUUGUUCGUUUGUUUUUGUUUGUUUACAAUACUUUCUGAGAUCAGGAAAUAAAUUAUUGUUUUUAGAA